UCGGGCCAGCUGGACUGCAGCGCACGUCCAGGUGUCUGACGCUCUUCGGCUUGCCGCGGAGUUCCUCGGAUUCUGGGUUUGGUCAGUCCUGCCCCAAGGUUCGCUCCAUUCUCCGUCCCUUAACUCUCGUCUAGCUCCCCAAGCUCCCGAUCUCAGCAUCUGCAAAACGAAAUGGUCACAGCCAUGAAUGUCUCAAACGAAAUAGAGCAGAUAUUCCAGCCCUACAACUUCGAGCUGCUCCAGGACAUGAGGCCCUUUUUGGAGGAGUACUGGGCAACCUCAUUCCCCAUAGUUCUGGUCUACCUGCUGCUCAUCUUUGUGGGGCAGAAGUACAUGAAGUCACGGAAGGGCUUCAACCUCCAAGGGCCUCUCAUCCUUUGGUCCUUCUGCCUUACAGUCUUCAGUAUCCUCGGGGCAGUGAGGACAUGGGGAUUUAUGGUGGCUGUGCUCCUUAAGGGGAGCCUAAAGCAAACUGUGUGCUUCACCAACUCCACUGACAAUCCCAUAAUCAAAUUCUGGUUGCCUUUUGUUCUCAGCAAGAUCAUUGAACUUGGAGACACGGCCUUCAUCAUCCUGCGAAAGCGGCCACUCAUCUUUGUGCACUGGUACCACCACAGCACAGUGCUACUGUAUUCAAGCUUUGGAUACAAGGACAAGGUGGCUGCGGGCGGCUGGUUCAUGACCAUGAACUACGGUGUACAUGCCAUCAUGUACACCUACUAUACUCUGAGAGCUGCCAAAGUGAAGCCCCCCAAGUGGUUUCCCAUGUUCAUCACCAGCCUGCAGAUCCUGCAGAUGUUUUUAGGAGCAACUGUCAGUAUCCUGACCUACAUCUGGAAGCAGGAUCAGGGAUGCCACACCACAACGGAACAACUCUUCUGGUCCUUCAUGUUGUAUAUGACCUAUUUCCUCCUCUUUGCCCAGUUCUUCCACCAAAACUACAUUAUUCCCAAGGCCAAAGCCAAGACCAAGAGCCAGUGAAAGGCUGGAGAAUAAGAAGCCCCAAGCUCUCUCCUCCCCAAGGCACUGAGGGGCAGAGCUUAGGUUUGGGAGAAUGAUUAGGAUGCCUUUCCUUCAUGAUUUCCCCAAAGGAUGUGUGCCCUAAGGUUGCAGAAAUUGUCACCCCUGGGAUGGGGGUGUCAUCUAGUACUUUGAUGUUUCUGCUUUUAACGUGAAGGCCACGUGGGCGCUGGGAGGGGUUAAAACUAAGGAGGCUCCCCGGAGCUGAGUUAUAGUUACAUAAGUCUUUCUUCUCCUUGAUUUUUUUUUUUUCUUUUUAGGGCC